GCACUGCAUAGAAGAGCAUGGAGAAAUUCAGAAGUAUUUUUAUUUUGUGCCUUGGCUUCCUUCUAGUGCAUGUAAGAGGUCAAGAUGAUUUUGAUUUAGCUGAUGCCCUUGAUCACCCUGAUGACAUAAUUACCAGGAAACCUACAGUGAUCAGAAGACCAACAAGACCUGUGUUCAACAAUGAUCUACAUUUAGGAGAUGCUCUUGGUGGGGGUGACAUCUCGAGAAAACCUUUAUACCCACCUCUUCCACCACGCCCAGGAAGUUACGGUAAUUCUGGAGGUUUUGAUGACUCAGAUCUCCUUGAUGGAAAGCCUUUACCACCAGGAGAAGAGCAGCAUAAUUUCAAUCAUGAAGGGAACACAGAUUCGGGUUUAAUAGCUGGAGUUACAUCUCCUGUAAUUUCUGCUUUUGUGAUACUGGUUGUUGGAUCAAUAGCAGCCUACACCGCUUACAAGAAUAAGAAGCUUUGUUUCAAACCACGUGGUGGGGCUGCAGUGUAAAACACUGAAAGAAGAGUUGCUGUCCGAUCACAGGCUCCUUUGGUUAGUGACAUUCUACACUGCCAUUCUGACAGAAGAAAAUCUUCCUCUAACGAAUGUUUUCCUGAGACAUUGCAAUCCUGCUCUCUCUAACCUGAUGUCACUUUUGCACCUCGAACUUUAUGUCGUCAAAAAUAUUCUUAAGACAUCCAGGGAUUGUAUUGCACUCUCUGACCUGCAUUCAUAAAGGAUACAGAUUUUGACUCAGAAGUUAUCAUAAACAACAAAGAAAUCAUGUUUGAUAUAAGCUAAAAGUUGAAGGAUUCUUGUUUAUGGAGAUUUGAGUCACCAAAUAAUUUUUUUUCUGUUUUCAAAAUUAGCCAAAAAAUCAGUCCUUCUGAUAGAAUAGGAAUAAAGCAUAUGCCAUUUCCUUUCACACCUGUUGGUUUCUCCAGUAUAUUCCUGUAAUGUUUACUGUGUUUAAAGAAAAUUUGUAGUUGUCUAAAGGAUUAA